UGGCGAUGGUGGGAUGCCGAAACAACGUGCGGCAACCGCGUUCUUGACUCCGUGCAUCUGGAAACUCCCCGCUCUAUCAAAAGGCUCACGAGUACGGCUCGAAGGAAAGCAUUGCAGACGCGCAGGCCAGCAGAAAUCACGGAAGGUGAUGGCCGCCCGCUCUGAGCCGCUGCUUCUCGCCAAAAUUGCAAUGUCUUUUUAAUUUACUAGUAACCGAUCAUCUGCCAUUACUACAACACCUUGGCAGCGAUUCGAAGUACGGAAUACUGCCAACCUCCGGCAGACCUCUCCUCGGGUCAUUGUUCCACAUGCCGGCUACAGUUGCAACUAUGUUCACUACGCUCCCAGAGUUCCUUCCGCGAGACUCACACUCCCUCUGGUACACCUCCCGCCGUAACCCCUCCUCCCCCUACGCCCUCGACGCAUCGCAGGGCGCAACCGACCACGGCCUCGCCCCGACGACCACAACCCCCGGCAAUGCAAACCCGACCCAGAACACGCCGGCCCCGACGAACCCCGCUGCGGCGGCCGGGUCGCGGCACGCCAACGGCGGCGCCCACUCGGCCAGCGCCGCCGCCCAGAUCAUCGAGCGCUCGACGCUCGGCCGGCUGCAGGCCGAGGAGCAGCUGAUGGAGCGCCGCCGCACCGCCGUGGCCAACCUGGGCAGCACCUGGCUGAAGCCGGUCGGGGUGUCCAAGACGCUGUUCCAGAUGCGCGAGGAGCAGCGCGAGGCCGAAGAGCACGCCGAGGCGCUGCGCCGCGAGAUGCUCGCGCAGGAGCUGGCGGAUGCGGAGGCCGAGGCUGCCGCAGCGGCGGCGGCGGCGGCAGCUGGCAUGGAUGGGGAUGAUAUGAUGGUGGAAGAGGGGGAAGAGGGUGACCUGGAUGGCGGGAGGGAUCUGGAUGCUGAUAUCCCGGAUGAGGAUGCUGGGAUGGGGUUUGGAUAUGACGGGGGUAGUGAUGACGAGGACAGCAGUGAAGAGGACGAAGAGGAGGUCGAGGAGGAGGAGGAGGAGGAAGAUGAAGAAGAAGGGGACCGGGGGGGGAGUGAAGAGGAGCUUAGUGAAGACGAGCUGGAGCGGAGGCAGGAGAUUGCACGUAUCCGCGCCACGGAGGCGCGCAUGCGCGAGAUCAGGGAGCAGAGCGACUACCUGCAAAGACAGUCCGACAGCAUCUUUGAUUUCGAUGAGGAGCCGGUCGAAGAGGAGCGAAGCCAGAUGUUGGAGGAAGAAGACCUUGUUCGCGGGGCCGCGUACCAACAGUCGGGUGCUCAGGCACGGCUACCGAGGCAAGUGCCGCACGACAUGGACAUGGACGCGGAUCUGGACGACGACAUCCCCGUGGCAGAGAGCGGCGGCUAUGAGCACACCGACUCGGACGCCUCACUCGACAGUGAGGAUGAAGCCCAUGAUCUCAGUUACGCCCGCAGUUCACAGAUUCUCCACGGCAGGAGCAGCCUUCGGAGGAGUGGCGGAGCGCCGAGGUCGAGCCUCGAUAUCAGCGGGCUCUUGUCGAGGGACGGCAGCAGCAUAAUGGGAAGCAGUCCGUAUAUUCGGAGGGGUAAUUACUAGCUAAGGAUAAUGGAGAAAAAUGGAGGGUUUAUAUCGGUUUACGGGGAGAGCAUGAUACCAGCAUUGGUUGGGCGUUCGGAAUGGGGUCUUGUGGUUUUAGUCCUAUUAGAACAAGACUUGCGAAAAAGAAAAAGACACAAUCCAUGUUCGUCAUUACAAAAUUUCUAAGUCAUAAAUCAACCCCGUCAUGAUCACCAUAAGAGCCUGUGAC